AUGCGAAUUGCGAGGUUAGGUUCGGCUCUACUGUGGUCGUUACAUGCCGCGGCUACGAUUCUACAGAAUGGCCAGGUGAGGGAGGAUCCUUACCCCGGACAAGCCCCGCGAAUUGAGCUCGACGACUCCUGGCACAGUUAUGGUGCCGACACGGAGGAGAUAUCCUACAAAGGACGGUGGGAUAGCAACCAUGUUUCUUGGUGGUCUGCACCUGGAAUCAAGGUCGAAUUUUCUGGAAGCCAGCUUGCUGUAAGUUUUGGCCAAAGCACAUCAGAUGGUGUCCUGGUCGCAUAUCGUGUUGGCUCGCUCGACUGGCAAUUCUCCAAUGUGACCGCCGACUCCACCUACCAGUUCGUGGGCCCAGAGUUGGGGCUGGAUGAAGAUCUCGUGAAGCAGCACAAGGUCUUUGAGAUGAGAGUUCAGAUCGCCGGAGUCUCCGUCGCAAGUGAUGAAAGUCUCCAGGUCCCUAAGAGAUUUGAGAAGAAGGUGGAAGUUAUCGGUGGAUCCCUCGCUGGCGGCCAAUUUGCUACUUACGAGACGAUUUCAUCGUGGGGAUACCUCUUCGCCGCCGGACUCGGCAACGCUGAGCACACAAUUACAGCCUACCCCGGCGCAUGCUUGGCAGAUCUUCAGUGCUACGGCGGCAACGCCCACGGCAUGACAUGGUAUUGGAAUCGCGCUUCCGACCCCGGCAGUCGCGCUAACGAGUUCUUCGGCCACGAGCCUGAGAAAUUUGACAACAAGGCCGAACAACCGGCAGACCUCGUCGUGAUCCAAAUGGGUGGCAACGACCACCGCCAUCCAAACGAAAUCCCUGGCAACGAGUUCUACCACGCCUACGUUGCCUUGAUCGAUGACAUCCACAGUACAUGGCCGCACGCCGUUGUUCUCAUCGUCUCUCAAUGGGGCCAGUGGGUCAAGGAAGGCCUGUCAUAUGUCCCGACGCAGGUAUACGAAGAAGAGACUCGGAAGGUCCACGACCACUUCCGUGACCGCGGGUUCGUUUACUACUUCGAUACAAGUGGCAUUCUGCAACAUAAUGAUAUAAACCCGAAGAAUCAUCCUACAGAUGUGGGACAUAUCAAGUUGGCUAGCCAUUUGUUGCAGUGGACGAGACUCGUGCUGAGGUGGAAUCUUGAACCUAUGGGUGAGGUUCAGCAUGGCACGCUCUACUGGAAUGACCAGCAGGAGUAUUAA